UCUUGCUGCCACUUAUCAAUACAUAGGCAAUAACAUUGGCGUACUCUCACAGUUGAAAUCGAGACAGAGCAUAUAAAACCAAUUUGCUUUUCUCUCACCAUUUUCUCUCACCCUUUUUUUUUCCCAUUUUCUUUUUUGUCUGUCUUUCCCCGCUCCUAUUUCUCUUCUAUUCACGGUUCAGUCGUAUUAUCGUAUAUAAUCCUAUAAGGCAUGGCGGACCUCAAGACAACAACACCCGCACCCGAGGAGGAAAAGAUCGAAUACGAAGUCGACACAAAGGAAAAAGAGCAGUAUGAUCUGGAUCAGCAAGUUGAAAUGAAGGACGACCGACCGAUAGGUCAGGAAUUCGUCGAGGAGUGGCAGUUCACUUGGCGUGCAUCUGUCGUAGGCUCUCUUCUCGGCUGUCUUGUAGCCGCAUCAAACACAUAUCUCGGUCUUAAAAUCGGCUGGACUUUUGGUGCCUCGCUCUUUGGUGCCAUCUUCUCCUUCGCCAUCAUCAAACCACUGUCGCGCGUGUUGCCACUAUGGGCUGGGGGUGGCUACUUUGGUGCAAAGGAGAACGUUACAGCCCAAUCUGCCGCCACCACUGCUGGCGGUCUUUCCGCCGGUUUCGUUGCUGGUGUACCAGCUAUGUACAAGCUUGGACUGAUGAGCACACCCAAGAACGAUGCCGCCGCCCUCGUCCUCUUUACCAUCUCGGCCGCCUUUUAUGGUCUCUUCUUUGCCGUCCCUCUCCGAAGACACUUUGUCCUCAACCAGGAUCUACCUUUCCCUACUCCCCGUGCUACCGCUACCACCAUCAUCUCAUUGCACAAUAGUGUCGAAGGUGAACGUGAAGCCAUGCGUAAGGCCAUGUGGAUGGGAAUCUUUUUUAUGAUCACUUUCAUCUGGACCUUGAUUGCCUACUGGGUCCCCUUUUUUGAAACUAUUCACAUUCUCUGGUGGAUUGGUUACAGCACCGGCUAUGAGAACAUGAUGAGCGCUGAUGCAGAUUGGGGUUGGUACUUCUCAUUCGACUGGCCAUUCUUCGGUGCUGGUCUCAUGACACCCGGUUCAACUGUCCUCAGUUUCUUCAUUUCGUCCAUCUUCUUGUACGGUAUCAUUGGUCCUACCUUGGUGACAAAGGGGCACUGGAUCGGCGCUGGUGGUUUUAGCGACGAAGGCGAGACGGCUCAAAAGUUCUACUUGUGGCCUGGUAUUGCGCUUAUGGUCUUGUCUUCCAUGACCGAACUGUUUGUCCGAUACGAAAUGUUGUGGCGUGCAUGCAAGGGCGGCGCUGCUGAAAUCUUCUAUGCUGUCCGAGAAGUCAUCCUCUUUGUCAAGGUCAAGAUCCUGCGUCGCGGCAGUGACUCCGUCUCUGGUGCCAAUGGUCGUCCGGAAGUUACCGAUGAGCUUUUCAAGCCCGAAGAACUUGUCCCUGUCUACUGGUGGGGAACUGGCGUUGUUAUCUCCAUCAUCUUUACCUGCGCUAUUAUGGGUGAAUACUUUGGCAUGCCUGUCUACCAAUCCAUUGUUGCUGUCAUUAUCGCCUUCAUCCUCGCCUUUGUCGGUAUCCAGUCGUCUGGUGAGACCGAUAUCAACCCUACCGGUAGUAUUGGUAAGAUGGCCCAGCUCGUCUUUACUGGCAUGCCCGCCCACUCCACCGAGCAACUGCAAAAGAACAACUUGAUGGCUGGUACCAUUGCUGCUUCUGCUGCCUCGCAGUCUGUCGACAUGGUUGGUGAUUUGAAGACCGGCCAGCUUGUUGGUGCUUCUCCUCGAUCCCAGUUCUUGGCCCAAGCCGUCGCCUCUAUCCCCGCUAUUGGCAUUGCCGUAGGUCUCUUCAUCCUGUUUGCUGAAGCCUAUCCUUGCAUCAUCAACGACGAUUUAGACACAUCCAACUGCGAGUUCCAGCUUGUGGCCGUCAUGGCAUGGCUCCAAGUGACCCGGCUGUUGACUGGCACCGCUGAUCCAUUAACUCGCGACUGUAUCAUUGUCACUGCCGUGUGUGCUGUCAUUGGUGUCAUCGUACCUGUACUGAAGUUCAGAGUUAUUCCCGAAAAGUAUCAUCGCUAUGUUCCCUCUAUGUCGGCGAUUGGUAUUGCCAUGAUCAACCCUGCUCCGGAAAUUCCUUUCUCAAUGUUCCUCGGCUGGUCCGGUGGCAAGAUCUGGAAGCGCUUCUAUCCUAAGCAAUAUGACGACUUUAUGCACAGUGUCGCUGGUGGUAUGAUUGCUGGUCAAGGUAUCUCUGCUUUGUUGAAGGCCGUUUUCCAGCUUGGCGGUGUUGAGGGUGACAUCUUUUACGCCUCCUGCAUUAUGGGUGAAAAAGCCAACUGCCCUUAAUAUCCUUCUUUACUUGGUUUCUCCUGCUGUGGUAGUAUGUUCCUCUAUAAAUACACAUUCACCCUCCCUUCUCCUUUUGUUACUCUACUUUGCACCUUUAUAUAUUACAAUUUUUCUCUUUGAUAUACCUUUUUCCUACCUUUUUUGUACUAUAGUAUACACUUCACGAACCUUUUAUCAUAAUUAUAAUGUAAUGCAGCUUCUUUCCUGUUACGUUGUCGUGUGUGAUGUACCGAUUGAACUUUAAAUACAAAAGAAAUAAUAACUCAUUUUCUAACUAUCA